CACGGAUCAUACAGUAGCAUACGGAUUGCCUCCAUUUUAACCUCCAAAACUAAAAAAAAACCUGAUACGCAGAACGCUGAUAAAUGCCAGCUCAAUUUGUAAAUGUUUCCUGCUGUGUCUGCCGUGCGUUUUGGAUAUUUUAAUGGAAGACUCCUGGCUUAGCGGAUCAGGAAUACGCGAUGUUGCGCCUCUGGACCCACCCGAUCUGAAUCUCUUGUUCUGCUAAAAAUGGGUAGACUGGAACUUGAAACGAGAACAGCGCAUGCCCGGAUCGGCAUAACAGAUUCAACUGGAAUAUAGGCAACACAAGAAUACAAUUUUGCUGCUUCAGGAUCACCCUACGCAUUCGAUGUGUUUUCAAACUAGCCUACCUGCGAGACCGUUAUCAGAUACGCAAUUAUAGAAACGCAUCAAUGGACUGAACCAGGAAGCUUCUCCAUCACUUACGCCACCACAGAGAUAAUCACAACCGCCGACAAAUCCAGACUCACGCAUCCACAUACACACAUUUCUAACAAAGUCACACAUACAGAGCAGUACACACACGUGUACACUCACACACACACACACACACACACGCACAAUACACACACGCGGCACAGCGCAAUGGCUCUGGAGAACUCCGUCUUCACCCAUCUCCCAGAAUCCCUCUCUCUCCCAGUAUCGGAGAAGGAGGAGGAGCCUGUCGCCAAAGAAACGGCUCCCUCCCCGCCCGCCGGGCUGAUCGACGUGUCGGAGGAGUUGGGGCAUGUGGUCACCACGGACACGGCCGCGCCGCCCCAGAAACCCGUGGCGCGGUCGUUCCAGUCCAAACUGGCGGCGCGAGAGGCCCAGGCAGCGGCUCCCCAGCCCAGGAAGAAGGUGCAGGGAGCCGGGACGGAGAAGGGCAAAUUUGGCUGGGGCCGCAGUAAGCGUAAAAGGCAGCGGUACGUGGAGAAGAACGGCCGCUGCAACGUUCAGCACGGCAACAUGCGCGAGACGUACCGCUACCUGACGGACAUCUUCACCACCCUGGUGGACCUCAACUGGCGCUGCUCGCUGUUCGUCUUCGUCAUGGCCUACGCGGUCACCUGGCUGUUCUUCGGGGCCAUCUGGUACCUGAUCGCAUACUGCAGGGGGGAUCUGGAUCACCUGGAGGACGAGGCGUGGACUCCGUGUGUGAACAAUGUGAACGGCUUCAUCUCGGCCUUCCUGUUCUCCAUCGAGACGGAGACCACCAUCGGCUACGGCCACCGCGUCAUCACGGACCAGUGCCCUGUGGGCACCAUGCUGCUGCUGCUACAGGCCAUCCUGGGCUCCAUGGUCAACGCCUUCAUGGUGGGCUGCAUGUUUGUGAAGAUCUCGCAGCCGAACAAGCGGGCGGAGACGCUGGUGUUCUCCCGCCACGCGGUGAUCUCGCUGCGGGACGACCGGCUCUGUCUGAUGUUCCGCGUGGGCGACCUGAGGAGCUCCCACAUCGUGGGCGCCAACAUGCGCGCCAAGCUCAUCAAGUCCAAGCAGACGCAGGAGGGUGAGUUCAUCCCGCUGGAUCAGACGGACAUCAGCGUGGGGUUUGAGACGGGAGACGACCGGCUCUUCCUGGUUUCCCCGCUGGUAAUUUCGCACGAGAUCGACGCCCUUUCGCCGUUCUGGGAGAUGUCGCAGGCGCACCUGGAGAAGGACGACUUCGAGAUCGUGGUCAUCCUGGAGGGGAUGGUGGAGGCCACCGGUAUGACGUGCCAGGCCCGCAGCUCCUACCUGGCAGAGGAGGUGUUGUGGGGACACAGGUUCAGUCCCAUGAUGUCGCUGGCCGAGGGGUUCUUCGACGUAGAUUACGGGGCCUUCCACCACACGUUUGAGGUGGACACGCCCUCCAGCUCAGCUCGAGAGCUAUCAUUGGCCACUGCCCGACUGGAGGCUCAUCUGUAUUGGUCGAUCUCCAGCCGGUUAGACGAGGAGAAGUGGGACGGCCCCAACCUGACUGGCCACUCAGAGAAGCAACCGGGCAGCGGCUCGGCCAAUGGAAAGGGAGGGGUUGGGCCAACGUUCGCUCUAGGCGUGACGACAGAAACCCAGGACCAAUCAGGACAGGGGGAGCUGAACGGCAGCGUCACCACGGACCAAUCGGAGUCGGAAGCUUAAAGAGUGAGGAGGUGAAAGGGGAGGGAACGAAUGGUCUCAUAUCCAGAGCCAUCACAGCAUAUUUAUUUUAACUAGAUCACAAAGUAUCUAUAUAUAAAACAAUAAUUUUUAUUACACAAGGCGGAAAUUUGUUUUGCUGCAGUAGCUACAUGAUUUCUCCAUUAACUCUUAAUUAUCACUCAUCUCAAGGACAGAACUUCAAAUUAAACAGUGUAUGUUAUGUAAUAAUCUCCCCUGGUCGGGAAAAGCUAGCUGAUUAGAGAAACGUGACGGGAAUACGUCAACAGUAUAAUUGCAAGUUCGGCGAAUGCUGAGAUAUUUACGUUUUAAAGUAGCAAGUUUCCUCACCUGCCCGCGGCGUGCCAGCGCAGCUCUGUGAGAUGGAAAUUCAGCACUCAACUCAGGGUGGGCUGAGAGGGGAAGGGUGAGGGCAUGUUGACGAAGAGAUGAAAAGAUAAUAUUAUUAUAUUAUUCACGUUCGCGAACGGGGUGGGGAGGCGCAGGUGUUGAGGAACUUCAAACUAAUGAAUAAAAAAGAUUGGUAUACACAGACAGAUAGAUGGGAAUUAUAAACCACUUGGUAGAGAAAAUGUCUUGUGAGGAAUUGAAAAAUAGUAUGGUAUAUUAAUUAAACAGUUUAGAAACCAGAUUAGACAAAUAGAAUACUUUUAUAGGUAACUCCAGGAUUACCAUUUAAAGUAGCAUAUUUAUACAUAUUUAUGCAUAUAUCCAGUGAAAAGAAAACGUUGAGCAUAUAUACGUUUAGAAGAAUAGAGAAAUAUUACACUCACCUGAGAUAUGUUUAAUAAAUUAAGAUUAGUCUUAAGGAAAUCACCACAGAUAUAACUGGGAAACAUAGAUGAAUGAAUAUCCACCAUAGAUGUCCCAUCGAGAUCAUCCAUAAACCAACCAGUGUUUUAAAAUUUAAUUAAGAUGUAAAACAUUAAUUUAUGUACGAUUAAUUUUAAUAAUACCACAAAUAUUCAAAGAAACCUAAUUUAAAUGCGCGUGAAAUAAAUGAUUUGGAUAAAAUUAGUUUACGCUUUGAAAAAGUCUCAGUUGCAACAGGGCACUGGUUUCAGAAAUACCGUUAGUAUUUUUAGGAAAGUAGAGAAUGGUUUCACACGUCCCAAUCGAAAGCACAACAGUAUCAAACUAAAUGUGUUGCUUCUGCUGCUUUGUAGAUAAGUGAAGAAAACUACCUUCUUGUGUUUUUAUUAAACCAAUGUAUUAGAAAUAAUAAACUUGUUAACACCGA